AUGGCAACGGACCGGACACUGCUAGUGUAUGGGCUGCACUUUGAGGAGUGGUGCGGCGAGCUGGCGGACGUCCUCGCGCUCUACGGCGAGCACGUGCUGACGGUCCGGGACUCGCUGGCCGAGGUCAUCUUCCCCACUCGGCCCAUUGCGCUGCAGGCGCUCAACGAGCUCAACGGCGCCGCCAUCAACUCACACGUUAUCAACCUUCGCUGGGCCCAGCCGCUCUCAUCGCUCUCGGCCUCUAUCAUCCAUGCCAUGGACGGCUCAGCCUACACUGCAGGCGCCAAGGACAAGCUGACGCUCCCGCCGACGUCGGCCACUUCUCGCGCAGGCGCGACCGAUGCGGGUGAUGCCACAGACUCACUGAAUGGACCGACUUGGGUCGAGCGCAAGUCGGUCUCAGCGCCGAACACUCCGCCGAACGAGCUGAUGGCGGCGCCCGGCUUGGAAAGCGCGCUCGACUGCGACGUGACACCGCCGCGCCCGCUGGCACUGGCCGGCCGGGCGGCGUCGGUCGACAUGGCGCUUGUCGGCUCGCCGUCAGACAUCGAGGUGCUGGAUCUCGGCGAGCUCCUCGGCGACGCCCUGCCGCAGAUCACGCUCGAGGUCGACGACACCCAUCGGGUCGCCGGCAAGCAUGCACUCGACGAUCAGCUGCCGUACCUGCUUGCGCAGCUGCGCUCGGCGCCAGACGCGGCGUCCCUCGGCCGACUGCUGGACUGGAUCCUCGAGCUCCGCGACCUGCCGCUGGCCGAAGCACGCCCGGCCAUCGCCGCCUUUAUCGAUCUAUGCGGCACCGCGCUCCUUCUCGACCUCCUCCGCGACAUGAGCACCAGUGCUCGCUCGCUGCGGCGGGCCAAAGCCGCGCUCACGCUUCCUGAAGACGAGCUCUAUCGACUGUACGAGGUGGAAGACUCGGAGGUUGUGGUCGUCGAAGCUCUGCUGGCGCUCAUCGACGUCGAUCCUGACGAGGCCGCGCUCACCGCUAUCAUUGGGCCCGAGGGCACCGGCCUCUGGGAGGUCAUGUCUGCUUUUGUCUCUCCCGACCUUGACUUGCAGGGCAAAAUCCUGCAGCUCAUGUGCUGGGUGGCCGACGCCGGACCGGCCGGGCACGCCGCCGCACGAUCGGCGCUCGCCUACUUUGAGUCGCAGCUCCAUGACUCGGCAGCCAUGCGACUGACGCAGACGCUGCACCCGGAUCCAGACGCCCCACUCGACUCGCUCCGCUCGCACUACCUGGUCCAGGUCAUGGCGCUCACUCUCAUCAACACCCUCCUCGAUGGCAUUCCCGAUCUCGCGCCACGCACUGCCUAUCGUGCCGUCUUCCUCGACCUCGACUUUGAUAGCGUCAUUGCGGCCAUGGAAGCUGCUCUCGACGCCCGCUCGCCCGCCGCCGCUGCUGCGCUCUCCAUCGACCCGGCCCUUCUCUCCGCCCAGAUCGCCCGCUUUCGUGCCUCGGCCGAUGCCGACGCCGCCGCCGCCGCCAUCCGCGGCGUCGAUCUGGCCGACCCGCUCGCCCUCGCCAAGCACAUUUGCGCUGUCUACUCGGAGAGCCACGCCGCCCGCGACCACCUUGCCGCCCUCCUCCGAGCCCUUGCCGCCGCCCACCAUGACGCGCCGUCGUCAUCCGCCAUCAGUCUCCUCUACGGCCGCCUCCUCGCGGUCUGCGCCGGCUCAGAUCUCGAGCCACCCGCGCCGGCUCCGUCCCGCCCCGCUGUGGCGGCGCCGGCAGCCCCGCCCCCGAAUCUGACGCCGCGGGUGCCGCCCCCACUGGCCGUCUCGCCGCCCUCGCCCACGCCACCACUGCCAUCGGAGGCGAAAACUGGUGAGCAAGCGACAGACGCCGCGCCGCCACCUGCUGCGCCUGUGCCGACAGCGGCUCCACCGAGUGGCGCGCCGCCGCCACCGCCACCACCUCCACCGCCACCGCCGACUGGCUCCGGCAUUCCGCCGCCGCCGCCACCACCGGGCCCCGGACCGCCAUCGGCUGGCUGCGGCGUCCCCCCGCCACCGCCGCCACCCGGCAGAGCCUCGGUCCGCAACUCCAAGCACGUUCUCAAGUCGCUCUACUGGCGCAAGCUCAACCCGCGGACAGCGGCUGGCACCGUCUUUGCGCAGCUCGGGUCGGCCGAGACGGACGCGCUCGGCAUUGAUGUGACCGAACUCGAAGUCGCGUUUGCACGCGACGCAAACGCCGCGUCAGGCAAAGCCGCAGCCGUCGCGGACAGUGCCACUGCCCCCGCCGCAUCCAAGCGGCCGUCGCUGCUGCAGUCUCAGCGUGCGACCAACGUCGAGAUCUGUAUGGCCAAGAUGCCCCACUCGGCCGACGAGCUCGUUGCAGCCGUGGCUGAGCUCGACGUCGCUGUCCUCACGCCACAAGUCACUGAAACGUUGCUCAAGACACUACUUCCGACCGAGGAGGAGCUGCCGAUCCUGCGUGGCUACGCUGGCGACCACGAGCUGCUCACGCCCGGCGAUGCGCUGGCGGUAGCUCUUGCGAGCAUUCCACGCGCCCGCGAGGCGGUCUCGGCCCACGCGUUUAUGCUCUCGUACCCCGAGGGCGAGGCGGCGGUGAGUGCGGGGAUGAGCAAGCUCUCUGGAGCGCUGGCAGCGCUCCGCGACUCGGCUGAACUGCGGAGCGUCCUGCAGCGGGUCCUCGUCUUUGGCAAUGUGCUGAACGAGGGCACGGCUCGCGGGCGAGCACAAGGCUUCCGGUUCUCCAUCUGCGCCAAGCUGAGCUCGACCAAGGCCACGACCGACUCGUCGCGUUCGGUCGUCCACUUUCUCGUUGCUGCGCUGGAAGCGUCCGAGCCAAGCGCGCUGAGCGCACUCGACGACACCGUCGGCACUGCGCUUGCUGCUGCAGCCGGCAUGACGCUCGGCCACAUCCGCUCCGGACUCGGCAACCUCAAGGCCGCAACGCAGCAGGUGGCGGCCGAGGCCAAGGUCCGCGGCGAAGACUCGACCUUUGCACUUCGCUUUGCGCCGUUUCUCGAGGCGGUCAGCACCGCGCUCGCCGACCUUGAUACUGGCGUCGCAGCACUCGAGGCACAGUGGGAGGAAACUGCCAAGUUCUUUGGCGAGGAUCCGAGCAAAAUGGAGCUGCCCGAGUUUCUUGACGCUGCGCGAGUCUUUAUCGUCUCGCUCAAGUCUGCGGCGGCCGACAACGCAGCGGCGGCGGCCGAGGCCCAGAAGCGCGCGGCGCGCAAGGCCCGCCGGCGCAAGGUCCGCGACGCCAUGGCGAGCACCGAGGCGGCGGUCCCCGGGCGGCGCGCCGCAGCUCGGUCCAAGAACCGUCGCGGGUCAGUAGCAGUCUCGGGCGAUCGCGCAAUUCGCAAGGCACGCGAGCUCGACGAGUACCGUCGGGCCCGCAAGGAGCGGCUGGCGAGCAAGUGAACACCAUGGGGAGAAGCACUACGGGCUUGGCCUGGGCUUUUGGCCCGGGCUGGCACAUUUGCGACGGUUGCGGCGCUUGUCAGGGCUCGAAGAGUGCUGCAAAGGCGAGUUGUGGGAGUUGUGCGAUGGCGAUGGCGAU